GAAGGCACUCUAUGUAAGCGGAAGAGGUACUGCCCAGAACAACCGAAGAGCAGGCGGAGCACGGGAACCGAAUUGUGUCUUUUUAGCGAUUAAAAUAAGAGUAAACGCCGUUCAGAACUGUAAAAUGGACAAGAGUGACUUGGUGCAGAAAGCCAAGCUCGCCGAGCAGGCCGAGCGCUAUGAUGACAUGGCAGCAGCUAUGAAGGCUGUUACUGAGGGUGGCGUGGAGCUUUCGAAUGAAGAGCGCAACCUGCUCUCCGUGGCAUACAAGAACGUGGUAGGCGCCCGCCGCUCCUCCUGGCGUGUCAUCUCGAGCAUUGAGCAGAAAACUGAGGGCAAUGAGAAGAAGCAGCAAAUGGCACGCGAGUACCGUGAAAAGAUUGAGACUGAACUGCAGGACAUCUGCAAUGAUGUGCUGGGUCUUUUGGAGAAGUUCUUAAUUCCCAAUGCUUCUCAAGCAGAGAGCAAGGUGUUUUAUCUGAAAAUGAAAGGUGAUUAUUACAGAUACUUAUCUGAGGUUGCAUCUGGAGAAACUAAGACCGCCACUGUUGAGAGCUCUCAGAAGGCUUACCAGGAUGCUUUUGAGAUAAGCAAGAAGGACAUGCAGCCCACACACCCAAUACGGUUGGGUCUUGCCCUCAACUUUUCAGUUUUUUACUACGAGAUCCUCAACUCUCCUGAGAAUGCCUGUCACCUCGCCAAGACAGCUUUUGAUGAAGCUAUUGCUGAGCUUGACACUUUAAAUGAGGACUCCUACAAAGACAGUACAUUGAUCAUGCAGCUUCUAAGGGACAACCUCACUCUUUGGACGUCAGAAAACCAGGCUGACGAAGCCGGGGAUAAUGAGAACUAGGGAAGCCGCACUGAUCUCCAAACACCCACACAUCCAUUUUAAAUGGCUUCCACCAACCCUUCACCUCAUUCCACCCAAAACCACCCACCCCUCUCCAUUCAGUUCCCAGCCUCCUCCCCUAUACAUUCUUAUCAGCACCCGCAGGAAGACGCUCAGUGAAGCCCCUUACAGACACAAGUGGCUGGGAGGGGGGUGGGUCACAGGGUGACAUGCUGACAUUAAAGCAGGUCCAGUCAUUUUGUUUGUGAAUUUAAUGUUUACUGAUUAUCUAAUCCUGUCCAUUAUGUGUGUCUGUAAGUGACUGCCGCUAACAGGGAGUAACUGAGUGGCUGUGUGAGUGUGUGCAUUUGUAUGUAUGUGUUGGAAAAUAAGAGUGAGUGUAUUGGGGAUCAGGGGUUGUGAAAUCUAAUCCUUCCUGAUAAUUCCCUUUGUUCCACAUUAUCUGGUUGUGCAUUUAUCAUCCUCUUUUCUUUCUUUUUUCUUUUUUUUGUUUUGUUACGAUCAUAUUUUUUUAGUAUAAUUCAUUAGUAUUUACAGGUUUUAUUGUAUGGUUAAUAAACUGGCAGUUUAUUUACACCAAAUACUAA